CCGUAGGUCCCGCGGGCGAGGCAGGCGCGGAGCAGCGGCGGCAGCGGCGGCGGCSGGGUCCGCAGGCUGCAGAUGGGCSCUCAGGGCGCCGAAGAUGCUGGCGGGCCGGGGCGAGGCGCCGGCGCCGGCGCGGGAGCUCUUCCGGGACGCGGCGUUCCCCGCCUCCGACUCGUCGCUCUUUUUCAACUUGUCCACACCGCUGGCCCAGUUUCGGGAGGACAUCACCUGGAGGCGGCCCCAGGAAAUUUGUGCCACGCCCCGGCUAUUCCCAGAUAACCCUUGGGAAGGACAGGUGAAGCAGGGGCUGCUGGGCGAUUGCUGGUUCCUGUGUGCCUGCGCCGCCCUGCAGAAGAGUCGGCAUCUCCUGGACCAGGUCUUCCCUCCAGGACAGCCGAGCUGGUCCGACCAGACAUACUGUGGCCUCUUCACCUGUCGAAUUUGGCAGUUUGGACGAUGGGAGGAGGUGACCAUAGAUGACCGUCUGCCUUGUCUUGCAGGGAGACUCUGCUUCUCCCGCUGCCAGAGAGAGGAUGUGUUCUGGCUUCCCUUACUGGAAAAGGUCUAUGCCAAGGUCUAUGGGUCCUAUGAGCACCUGUGGGCAGGGCAGGUGGCAGAUGCCCUGGUGGACUUAACUGGUGGCCUGGCAGAGAGGUGGAGCCUGAAGGACUUAGCAGGAACCAGUGGCCAGCAAGACAGACCCCAUGGCUGGGAGCACAGGACGUGUCGGCAGCUGCUCCGCUUGAAGGACCAGUGUCUGAUCAGCUGCUCCGUUCUCAGUCCCCGAGCUGGUGCCAGGGACCUGGGGRCAUUCCAUGCCUUCAUCGUCUCAGAUCUGCGGGAACUCCAGGGACGAGCUGGCCAGGGCAUCCUGCUGCUGCGGAUCCUGAACCCCUGGGGCCGGCACUGCUGGCAGGGACUCUGGAGAGAGGGGGGUGAAGGGUGGAGUCAGGUGGAGCCAGCUGAGGGGGCCGAGCUGCUGUCCCAGCUCCAGGACGGGGAGUUCUGGGUGGAGGAAGAGGAGUUCCUCAGGGAAUUUGAGGAGGUCACCAUUGGCUACCCAGUCACAGAGGCCGGCCACCUGCAGAGUCUCUACACAGAGAAGACGCUGUGCCACACGCAGGCGCUGCCUGGUGCCUGGGUCGUGGGGCAGUCAGCUGGAGGUUGCCGGAACAACAGCUGCUUUCCCUGCAACCCCAAGUACUGGCUGAGGCUCUCAGAACCCAGCGAGCUGUGUGUGGCUGUUCUGCAGAGACCCAGGAAGCACCCAGCAGGCAGGGCCCGGGCUCUGGUGGGCCGUGGCCCUGCCCCAUCAAGCCUCCUGGGCAAGGAUCACCAGGUCAAGGACUACCAGGCCGUGGGCCUGCACAUCUGGAAGGUGGAGAAACGGCGGGUCAGCCUGCCCAGAAUCCUGUCCACACCCCCUGUGGCUGGCACUGUGUGUCAUGCAUAUGACCGAGAGGUCCAUCUCCACUGCGAGCUCUCCCCUGGCUACUACCUGGCUGUCCCCAGCACCUUCCUGAAGGACAUGCCAGGGCAGUUCCUGCUGCGAGUUUUCUCCACAGGCAAAGUCUCCCUCAGUGCUGUCAGGCCAGCAGCCAAGGGCGCCUCCCCUGGGGCAGCCCUGCCCUCCGGCGAGUGGGAGACUCUGCAGCUGCGGGGCUGCUGGAGAGCAGGCCAGACAGCAGGGGGCAGCAGGAACUUCGCCUCCUACCUCUGCAACCCCUGCCUCCCUUUCUCAGUCCCCGAGGGCUCCGGUCCCCGCUGCAUCCGAAUCACCCUGCACCAGCACUGCCCGCUCAGUGACAGCCAGUUGCAUCCCAUUGGCUUUCAUGUCUUCCAGGUCCCUGCAGGUGGCGAGAGGCAGGGCACAGGCCCCCUGCUGCUCCAGGAGCCACUGCUGAGCUGUGUGCCACAUCGCUAUGCCCAGGAGGUGAGCCGGCUCUGCCUGCUGUCUGCGGGCACCUACAGGGUCGUGCCCUCCACCUACUGGCCUGACACCGAGGGCUCCUUCACAGUGACCGUAGCAACCAGAGUGGACAGGCGGUCCAUUCACAGCCAGGAGAUGCUGGGCCAGGUCCUCCAGGAGGUUUCCCUCACUGCAGUGAUGAAGGCCUAGCCGGGCUCCCAYGUGGCAGCUCUGGGGGCUGGGGCUAGGCCAAGCCUUGACCUGCCUCAGCUCUGCAGGGCGGCCACAGCUUGGGUCCCAAGUGUGCUCUGUCCUGGASAGAGGAAGUCUUGGGGUGGCACAGGUGCUGCAGGAGGGUCAGGGACUCCUGUGGUGUCUGUCCCGUGCCCAAGACCCCAGGGUCCCUCCCACAUGGUCCUGCCGACUCCAGGCGGGCGCGUGUUGUAACAGGUGUUGCUGAGAGCUAUUUAUUACUUGAAAUAUUUUUUAGGACAUGACUUUAUAAAUAAACAUGAGCAGUUUGUGGGUUGGUCUUGUU